AAAAGAAACAAAAAAGUUUUUAAAUUUGUAACAAAGUCUAUUCACCCCCCCCCCCUCUAGACUUUGUAUCUCACCACUUAGGGGACCACCAAUUGGUAUUAGAGCAAACUUCUCACUAUCUACUUUUAGAUUAAAGAGAAGCGAUUAUAAUGGUGAACAAUAUGGAUCACGGUUUGCCCAAGUUCUCUCUUCUAGGUUAUGAUGACUGGAAGAUCAUGAUGAAAGCACACCUCUACGCCCUGCAUAACUGCAUGUGGAUGGUGCUUGAAGAAAGACCCUUAAAGAUUCAAAUGGAGAGUCCAGAAAGGGAUCCCAAGAAUCCAGACGUAGUCCAGUACAUACCAAAGCCCAAACACAAAUGGGACGAUAGAGAUUGCAAGAAGCACAAUCUGGACAACGUCGCAAAGGCGGCAAUCUUCAAGACUCUUGAUCACAUCACCUUCUCCAAGAUCAAGCAUCUCAAGACUGCCAUGGAGAUAUGGCAAGUUCUUGGGAAGCUAUGUGAAGGAUCAGAGGAUUUGAGAAAGCAGAAGAUUGAGGUUCUGCUUGAGAAGUUCAAAUGCUUCAAAAUGCUUCCCGGGAAAUCAUUUGACUUGUUGGAUGAAAGAUUCCACAAGAUUCUAAAUGAUCUUGCAUCACUUAACGACGUUCUUUCUCCUAAAGAAAAGAACAUAAGUCUAUUUGACAAGUUCAAAAAGAUGAUGGAAGAUUUUGAGGAAAUAAAUCUUAAACACUCAUCCUUGAAAGAGGAGAAAAAGCUGUUAAGUGAUGAGAAUCUCACGCUGGCUGAAGGUCGGAAAAGUCAACUUAUUGAGAUCACUCAACUCAAAGCUCAAAAUGAGUCUCUCUCUGAAAAGGUAAAAUCCCUCAACAAGGAAAUAGGGAUACUCAAGUCCAAAGAAGCUGUGGAUAAGCUUCUAGACACGGCCAAAAGGAAUGGUCUUGAGGGACUUGGUUUUGACCCCUCUAGUUCCAAAAGGAAAGAGAGAACAACCUUUAUUCUUCCCAAACCUACUGCCCAACCCAAUAAGCAGAAAGGUAAGGAGAAGGAAAAGCCAAAAGAAGUUCCUAAAAAGAUUGUCUCUCCUAAGCACUAUAGGAAGCAGGACAAACCUCAAAGAGGAAACAAUUUCAGAAGAAAGCCUUCUAACCCCCACUACACAGGAGGUUAUUCCCUUGAGUUCUGCAAUGACAUGGCAUCCCUCAAGAGCAUCUCCACAAAUGAAGGCAUUCUCAUUGGGAAGAGAAUUAGAAACAUCUACGAAGUAAUGUGGGAGAACGUCAAGGAGGCCUGCCUAAUCAGCAAAGAACUCUCCGUCGUCUUCCUCGCGAAAAGCUCAUCACCAGCGUUUUUCAAAGCCUUCCUCGAGAUGAUAGAUGCGCAAGGGCUCUCGGAAUUUCUAAAUCUUGAAUUUCACAACAAAUAUGAAGAGGAUGUUCUGGAGUUCUACACCAAUGGAGAAAUCCAAACCUCCCAAUCCAAAAGGGACCCCAUAAAGUCUACGCAAAUCAUUCACUCUACUGUAGGAGACAAAGAAGUGAAAAUUUCACAGAAGAAGUUGAGAACGAAGCUUCAUCUGUCCAAAUCUGGGAUUGACAUUGGGAAGCUCUCUCCCAAGGCUCUCAAUUGGAGCGAAAUUCAGAUUUCUAGAAAAGUUCCCACUGGUCCAACGAAGAAAGGAGAUCUGAAAAAUGAUUACAAACUCUUACUGGAGUUGAUCAUUGGCUGUCUAGAAUGCGGCAGUGGAGGACAUGCUCAUGACAUUACUCACAAAAGAGCAUUCAUCAUUGAUGUCUUCAUCUCCAAAACUCAUGUUGCCACAGAUGGCAAGAAGUAUGAGGAAAGAUACUGGCUGUACUACUUAUCAAGAAAAGGAGAAAGCAAAGCCAGUUCGGUUGCUGAAGAAGAAGGAUCUUCAAAUGAAGUUCUUGCCACCACUUUGAAAAAGGUUUCAAAGACAAAACAAGUGGCAUCCUCCUCUCAAAAUGCUGAAGAACCCCAAAACCUUGAGUUGGUGGUUCUUGAUCAGGAGAAAGUCUCUGAUCAAGGAGAACUCCAUAAGAAGAAGAAGAAAAUCUCUACUCCCUCUGAAUCCGGAAAUGCCAAUCCGGAGAACUCACAGCAACACCAAGACACUUUCCAAGUUCAUGAAGGGACUCAUGAACAAGUUCAAGGACAGAGCCCUCUAUCUCCAUCAUCACAACAUCUCACUGAUGAGAGAAUGGACAGCUUCAUCAAGAUGUACAUUGAAUGGAGAGCUUGGAAAGUUGAUGAUGAGGAUACAACAGUCUUCAAACCCAUAUUCUCAAAUCCAGCAAUGGACACCCAAGGAGGUCAUCUUGAAGAAGAAGCUGAAGAGGAGAUCCAAGAAGAUGUUGAAGCUGCAGCAGAGGAAAUCCAAACAAAUCCGGAAAACUCCUCUGCACCAGAAACUAAACAAGCUGAAAACCUUCAAGAAGACACUGCCAUUCCUCAAACUGAAGAGGAAACCCAGGCAGAAGAGCAAAUUCAAGCCAUAGAAGAAGCUGAAGUUCCUAUCAAUGAGCAUCACAAUGAAGAAGUUGUGAGAGAUCCCCUUUCCCAGGAUAUCUCAGACUACAGAAAUGAAGAUCUUGAUGAAGCUUCUGUCAAGAUGCUGAGGAUUGGAGAAGAGGAUGUUAGGGCUGAAAAGGAAGCUGAUUCUCUUCCUUUGCAAUGUUUCCAUAGUCCACCUCCAACCAACCAAGUAACCAACUUCAAUUUUCAUUGUUCAACCUCUACACCAACUCUUCCGGAUGAGAUGCAUGAACCAUGGGCAAAAAGAGUUCAAGGGAUGAUUGACUCUGCCCUAGAGUCUCAAAGAGCCUCAUUCCAGGAAGUAUUGGGGAGAACUGAAGAAAGGCACAACUCCAACCUUCAAGAGAUAAGAAAUUCUCUUAACAAGACUCUUGAGAUCAUAUCUCAAAUGAGUUCCUCAAUGAGCACCAUGAUGAUGACCUAUGCUUCUGACUCCCACUUCCAACUCAAAGAGGUAGGGGAGAUCAAAGAACACAUGGCUGCUAUUAGAAGGAGCCUUCAGAAGCAAAUGGGACUUCUCCAUAUGGACAUCAGAUCUGCACUGGCAAUCUCCUCAACAAACCAGUGUGUCACUCAAGACUAUCUGAAAGUCCUCGUAGAAAAUCAGAAGGAAUUUUUCCGGUUGCUCAAGGGUAUGGCAUCAUUCACUACUAGACAUAAACUGGAUGUAACUGUCCAAUACACCCUCCUUGAUGCCCAGAAGAGCAAUCCGGAGCUCUCACUACAGCACUUAAGCAGAAAUGAACUUGAUGUCACAGAGGCCAUUGGAACGGAAGCCUCACAUUUUACAAAUGAAGGACAUCAAAAGGAGCACAUGGAGAAUCUAAAGCGCAUUAGAGCUGAAUGUGGAGUCAUUGAAGGUUUGGGUGCAGCUGCUGCCAAGCGCAGAAGAACUUGAAGGGGGAAUAUGACUGUUUAUGGCUAAUGUUUUGUUUUUGGUAAUAAACUACUGACGGAUCU